UGUCAUGUGAUCAGCUGUAUUCAAUCACAGCUGAUCGUACUGAUCAGGGCACUGAUCAGGCCCUGAUGAUCAGUGUAGCUCCAGCAGUGCCAACUGUCAGUGUCCAUCAAUGCCAGCUGUCAGUGCUCAUCAAUGCCAUCUGCCAGUGCCCAUCAGUGCCACAUCAAUGCCACAUAUCAGUGCCUACCAGUGCACAUCAAUGCCACAUAUCAGUGCCCAUCUGAGCUGCCUUUCAAUGCCACCUAUCAGUGCCAGACAGUGCCACCUAUCAAUGCCAGUCAGUGACGCUUAUCAG